AUGGAAAACUCAGAUUCCAACGAUAAAGGAAGUGGUGAUCAGUCUGCAGCACAGCGCAGAAGUCAGAUGGAUCGAUUGGAUCGGGAAGAAGCGUUCUAUCAAUUUGUAAAUAACCUGAGUGAAGAAGAUUAUAGGCUUAUGCGGGAUAACAAUUUACUAGGCACCCCAGGUGAAAGUACUGAGGAAGAGUUGCUGAGAAGACUACAACAAAUUAAAGAGGGACCACCACCACAAAACUCAGAUGAAAAUAGAGGUGGAGACUCUUCAGAUGAUGUAUCUAAUGGUGACUCUAUAAUAGACUGGCUUAACUCUGUCAGACAAACUGGAAAUACAACAAGAAGUGGGCAGAGAGGAAACCAAUCUUGGAGAGCAGUGAGUCGGACUAAUCCAAAUAGUGGUGAUUUCAGAUUUAGUUUAGAGAUAAAUGUUAACCGUAAUAAUGGGAACCAGAAUGCAGAGAAUGAAAAUGAGCCCUCUGCAAGACGGUCUGGUGGAGAAAAUACGGAAAACAGCCAAAGGCAAGUGGAAAACCCACGAUCUGAAUCUAUAUCUGCAAGACAAUCUAGAUUAGAACGAAAUUCAACUGAAGCACUAACAGGAGAAGUCCCACCUACCAGAGGUCAGAGAAGGGCAAGAAGCAGAAGCCCAGACCAUCGGAGAACCAGAGCAAGAGCUGAAAGAAGUAGGUCACCCCUGCAUCCAAUGAGUGAAAUUCCACGAAGAUCUCACCAUAGUAUCUCAUCUCAGACUUUUGAACAUCCUUUGGUAAAUGAGACAGAGGGAAGUUCUAGAACCCGGCACCAUGUGACAUUGAGACAGCAAAUAUCUGGACCUGAGUUGCUCAGCAGGGGUCUUUUUGCAGCUUCUGGAACAAGAAGUACCUCUCAAGGAGCAGGUUCUUCAGACACAACCAGCAGUAGUGAAUCUACAGGAUCAGGACAGAGACCUCCAACCAUAGUCCUUGAUCUUCAAGUAAGAAGAGUUCGUCCUGGAGAGUAUCGGCAAAGAGAUAGCAUAGCUAGCAGAACUCGGUCAAGGUCUCAGACACCAAACAACACUGUCACUUAUGAAAGUGAACGAGGAGGUUUUAGGCGUACUUUUUCACGUUCUGAACGGGCAGGUGUAAGAACCUAUGUCAGUACCAUCAGAAUUCCCAUCCGUAGAAUUUUAAAUACGGGCUUAAGUGAAACUACAUCUGUUGCCAUUCAGACCAUGUUAAGGCAGAUUAUGACAGGUUUUGGUGAGUUAAGUUACUUUAUGUACAGUGAUAGUGAUUCAGAGCCUGGUGGCUCAGUCCCAAGUAGGAAUAUGGAAAGGGCAGAGUCACGGGAUGGAAGAGGGGCUUCUGGUGGUAGUAGCAGUUCUGGUUCCAGUACCAGUUCCAGUUCUAGUCCUAGUUCCAGUUCUAGUGGCGAAAGUUCAGAAACUAGUUCAGAGGUGUUUGAAGGCAGUAAUGAAGGAAGUUCAUCAUCAGGUGCCAGGCGAGAGGGUCGACAUAGGGCCCCAGUAACAUUUGAUGAAAGUGGCUCUUUGCCCUUCCUUAGUCUGGCUCAGUUUUUCCUCUUAAAUGAGGAUGAUGAUGACCAACCUAGAGGACUUACCAAAGAACAAAUUGACAACUUGGCAAUGAGAAGUUUUGGUGAAAAUGAUGCAUUAAAAACGUGUAGUGUUUGCAUUACAGAAUAUACAGAAGGCAACAAACUUCGUAAACUACCCUGUUCCCAUGAGUACCAUGUUCACUGCAUCGAUCGCUGGUUAUCUGAGAAUUCUACCUGUCCUAUAUGUCGCAGAGCAGUCUUAGCUUCUGGUAACAGAGAAAGUGUCGUGUAA